CAAGAUGGGCAAGAUCACGGAUGCUGAAGAGCAGCUCAAGAAGGCUGUUUCUGUCCGCAUGGAGAAUGGUCCUGCAUAUGAUGCGGCAGUCUCUGUCGAGAAUCUUGGUCAGGUGCAUGAAGUGAAGGGUGACCUUGAGGAAGCGAGAAGGGUAAGACUGUCCCAUCCUGCAGAUAUCAUGGUCUGCGGAAACUUUGAUUGUCCUGGUGAAACGUUUGACCGGAGCCAGCUUUCGGCUUGUUCUGGAUGCCAGUCUGCCUUCUAUUGUGGAAGAACCUGCCAGGUGAAGGACUGGCGUGUUCGCCACAAGACAUUCUGCAAAAAGCGUACGUAAACAAUGAAUCACGGAUCAUCCUCCCGAUUUUAUAGUUUUGCGUCUUGUGGCAUUUUGAGGAGAUUCAGCCCUCCUCCCGUUUGUAUCGCUCAAUGGCACGGCAUGUAUGUAAUCCCAGUAGUGAAGUCCAUUGGCCCGUCUCCUAUGUCAAGACUUUGAUCAAAGUUGCAACAUAAUAAAAGAAAACUUGUUAUUGUGA